AAUGGGAGGCUGUUCAUCUAUUUCCUGUAUAGAUAGUCUUCUAUUUCAGAAUAACAAUUCACUGACACCUAUGUCGCCAAAUAGACUGGCUAGAGCAAGAAGAAGAGCAUCUCAAGCUCCUCCUUCGUUUUCAUCUCUGCCUCUCAAUGAGAGAGAGGUUAUAAAGAUGGCUCGGACGUGGAGAACAAUUCAGAGGCAAAUGACUAGAGCAGGAAAGCUCAUGUUCAUACGAAUGUUUGAAUCGAGUGAUGCUGUUCGUUCAACUUUCGAGCAGUUUCGAUCUGUGGAUCAAGUUUCUGAUUUGUGGACUAGCAAAUCAUUAGAGAAUCAUGCCAUGAUUGUUAUGAAUGCCUUAGAUGAGGCAUUUAGUAAUUUGGAGGACGAAGAAUAUGUUGUCGAUUUAUUACUUAUUAAUGGUCUAUCUCAUAGAAGAUUCGUUAGUAUGACGGCAGCUGUAUUUUGGAAUUACUCUUUUCUCGUAAAAAAAAAGUCAGUUGAAGAACCUUUUCUAUUAGCGAUAAAAGAGAUUCUCGAAGAUAAGUAUACCGCAUCUACCGAAGCCUUAUUUCGCAAGACAAUAAAGUGGGUGCUUGAGAUAUUAAUAUUUGGUUUUGAAAGUUCAAAUGCUGAAAGAUUUGUCAAUAAAAAGGAUGAAAUUAACUUCAUGGUUGUUGAAGGAGACGAAACUUGA